UCCAUGGCUCUCCACAGCUGCCUGGGCUCCCGGGGCCCGUCUCCAGCUGCUGGCCUGGCCAGGGGGCAGGGCCUCGGUGGGAAGAGGACGAGCAGGAGCGGGGGCCAUGGUGAUAGGUGGAUGGGCCAAGCAGGCUCCAACUUGUGCCAGGGACUGGGCAAGGCUUGGAAUCUGGUGGGUGCCAAGAUAUCUUAAAACCACCUUUUCCCUCCCGUCUCCCAACUCCUCCAGGGCUGCACCACUCACAACUGAGGCGGGCACCUCUGGCAGCACAGUGCUCCCGGGCCCUUAACUUGGACUCCUCGAUUCAGAAGUGAUUCAAAAGGAAAAGUGCUACCUAAUGAAUGGCCAACACCAGUUCCUAAAUCACCUGGGUUUUCCUUAGAGUCCUCCCAACAAAGUACUGACUUGGUGUCCAACCCUCUAAGCUUACCCGAGCCAGCGAGAUGAGUGAGGCAGUUCAUUGAGUGGCUAGAACGGACAAUUUGGAGUGAGGAGACUUGGUUCUGUUCUGAGUUACUGUGUGAGCUUGGGGCAAGUCUUUUCCCCUCUCUGUGAAUUUGUUUCUGUAUCUGUAAAAUAAGGAUAAUAAGAAUCCUUACCCCUAUUUAUAGGGCACUUGGAGCUCUUUGGGUGAAGAGCACCGUAUAGGUGCAUAGUAUUAUAACAGUCAAAGUCUGGUACCAUUGUGUCCUCAGUUAGUUGUAUUGUGUGAUCGUUUUCAGACCAACUGUGCUCCCUGGCUGGAAUGGAUAAUAGGAAAGCACCCUUUAUUCCUCAAAUCCUGCUGUCCAGAGGCUGGUGAUGGUGUUUCUGAACAGUGAGGAUUAUUGCUGCUUCUUAAUAAAAGCAGGAUAAGAGCACAGCAUCAGCGUCUCAAACAUAAAUAUGGAAAUGUUAAUUUAGAAUCAAUUUUGGGAUGCUUCAGACUGUUAAGUUCUUUUAACUAGAUUUCUGUAGAGGACAUAGGAGCUCUUUAUGGGACUGUAAAUUUUAUGCAAACGGUCUCUGUGAAAUACUCGUUCCCUCAACACACUAGCUGUUCUCUCAUCGUGAGCCUUGCACAUAAUGUUUCACAAAUAUUCUGUAAAUCACUGGGAAAAGCUCAUGAUGCUGUGAAAUACGACUUUCGACAAAGGGGUCCUAACAGGCCAGUCUCCCAUCAGCACUAACAUUUGUUAUGGCUAAUAACACUUUCAAUCACAACUAUUUUGGGAAAACUGAUUUAUUUUAAACCUUGUCCUCCCUCAGAGGAGAUCCUGAAUACACUCUGCCAAGGACACAGACUCCUACAAACCACAGACUGUUAAUUCCCUAAUGAAAUGCCAACUCCUCUUAACGCCACAGAAUUGUUUCUUUAGCCAACUUUCUAGGGUGGUGGGUUUUUUGGUUUUUACAUUUUUUUAAUACACUUAACUACAGAGCAUUUCACCUUUAGGUCAUUGGUUUCCAUCCUGCCCAGGCGGUAGUGACAGAAAGUGACCAUUGGGCAGCCAUCUGGUGCCUUUUGUGAAAUGGAUUUGGAAUCUCAGUCAAGUUCCUAGUAGAAAAGUGCUAGGCACUUUACAGAUAGGAAAUAGGCAUGGACCCAAACGGACCUAAUCGAUUUAAACUAAACUGAAAGAAGCCCUGAAAUAAGUGUCCAGACAGGGGGUUGCAUUGGUUUAACUAAUUUGCUUUUAAAUUACACCUUAAAUUAAACCAAUGCAACUUUCUCACUUAGACAAGGCUUCAGUCUCAGCAAAGGGGCCAAGAACUGCAAGAGGCAAAGACUGAACACAGAAGGACACAGAUGAAGCAUGUUGACAGGGCUGCGUGGAGAGAAGCUUGCAGUAUUGCUGCCUGUGUUGUACCUCCUUUGGCUCCGAUUUAGGGUGACCAGAUGUCCCGAUUUUAUAGCGACAGUCCCGAUUUUUGGGUCUUUUUCUUAUAUAGGCUCCUAUUGCCCCCCACCCCCUGUCCUGAUUUUUCACAUUUGCUGUCUGGUCACCCUACUCCAAUUCUACAAACACCCAUGCACGUGCUUAACUUUAAGCCCCACAUUGGGACUACUCACAAUCUUAAAGUUAAACAUGUGUAUUUGCAAGAUUGGGACCUAUGUGAUUAAACCAUCUUUAGCUUCCAAGCUGUCAAUCUGCACUUUUUACCAGAACUAAUUACACCACAAAGGGGGGAGGGGGAGACAGAGAGUGCCCAAAUAUGUCAAAGAAAUUCGGCAAAAUGGGGAUCACUGUCACUGGGUCAGUUGGGGUUUUCUGUAGCUGCCCUAUUCCUUGGAUUAUUAUUUCAUUUCCCCCCUGAGUUUAUUUAAAAAUGUGCCAUUGAAAGCUCUCUGCACUCGAAGAGAAAUUAAAUAAUAAGACAUGAACUAGGACAAAAAGGUUCAAAAUGCAAAAGCUUCCCAAAUCCACAUCGUCAAGGUCCUGUGCAUCUCUGCUCUUAUUUCAUCCUACUUACCCUCUGGCAGGGCCUGGCAUGGGAUCAAGUAUCCAUCCUGGGAAGCUAGCAACAUCUGAGAUUAAGAACAUUUGCAUCGUUAAAGUGCUUUAUUCAUAUCUGGGAGGGAGACUGCUCUUGUGAAGAUGAUCUUGUGGUUCAAGCAGGAGAUCUGGAUUCUAAUCCCAGCUCUGCCACAGAUUUACCAUGUGGCCUUGGGACAGUAUUGAUCAUGACUUCCACAAAGGAGCAGGCAGCCAUCAGCAGACUGAUGGGGUUCUUGCAGGAAUGGGACAAUGCUAGCAAAGCUGCUCGAAGCCACAUGCUGGAUAAUUUCAUUAAGGCAAAUCAAGGAAAGACAGGGCCAGAGCUGGAGCUGGAAUUCUCACAGGGAGCCAGCUUGUUUCUGGCCCGCCUAACAUCAUGGCUGAGGCUGACCUACAUGUAUGGAAUAUACCUAGAUCAGCAGCUAAAGUCCAUUGGCAUCUUUCUGUCAGCUGCAAGUAGCCACAGGUAUCUUAUUGAAUUUCUGGAGGUUGGAGGUGUCCUGACUCUCCUGGAAAUACUAGGGCUGAAGCAACUGAAGGAAGAGGACAAAAGGGAGUCGAUAAAGCUGCUCCAACUCGUAGCAAACGCUGGCAGGAAGUAUAAGGAGCUCAUCUGUGAAAGUUAUGGUGUGAGAUCAAUAGCUGAGUUCUUGGCCAAUUCCAAGUCCGAAGAGACUCAAGAACAAGUGCAAAUUCUGUUGGAUUCUUUAGGCCAUGGCAAUCCCAAGUAUCAGAACCAAGUAUACAAAGGCCUGAUUGCUUUGCUGCCAUGCACAUCCCCCAAAGCCCAACAGCUGUCUCUGCAGACACUCAGAACUGUGCAGGCAAUCGUGGGAGCAGCCCAUCCCGGCAUUGUGGACGCUGUGCUGGGCGUGCUCAGCUCAAUGCACUUGGAAGUUCAGUAUGAAGCCAUUCAGCUGAUAAAGGAUCUCACGGCCUAUGAAGUCCGGCCAGUGCUGCUGAAGGGUCUGGUUGAAUUACUUAAACCACUAGGGAAAGAGACUGCUAAAGUGAAAGGCAAAGCCCCGGAAGACCCAGCCACACUCCAGCUUCCGGAGCCCUUGUCGGUGUAUAUACAGCAAGCCGCUGCAGCAAAAACCAUCGGCGUUCUAGCCAAGGACUCCACCAAACUGGCCGAAGAGAUGAUCCAGCUGAGAGUGGUGCACGGCCUUAUGUGUGCUAUGGGGAACCAGGAUCACACCACCUGCCAGAGACAGGCCAGCAUCACUCUAGAGUAUUUUGUCCGGACAUUUCCCAUUGUGGAGCAGCACGUGAGGAAGGCAACAGGAGAGACUCUGUUCCAGCUUUUUAUGAGAGAUGCCAAGACCUUGUACAUGAACAUGGAUGCAAUACAGGUUGAUAUUCUGGCAUCGAAUAAAGUGAACAUCCCAGGAAGUUUAGCAAGCCCAGAAAGGAUGCCGCCCAUGGAAGAGGAAGGAAGCACGGAAUGAAAACUUCAAACAACAGAAUGAGGUCAGCUCCUCUGCCUCGCCUCUUUCCCCUCUUCCAUGCCCUCUGCCUCCCUCUUGGGCCAUGCCCGUCUCUAGAGCCCUGCAAAUCUGCUUUAUGUCCGCAUCUUUGGACCAUUUCUGUGGAUAGCAGCGUGGAUGCAGAUACAAGUUUUGUAUCCAUGCAGGGCUCUGAUGUUAAGAGCUGGGUGGGCAGCUGUGAAAAACUGCAGCACAGAUCCUCCACCUGCCCUGGGUGGGGGGCUGGGACACUGGGCAGGGAUGCUGGGCAAGGAAGCUGUGGGGCGGAGACACAGGCCAGAGGCUGCUCGGGCCCUCCACCCAAGGCAGGUGGAGGGCCUGCCGCAGCUCCUCACAGCUACCAGCGUUGCUCUCCCUGACCUGGCUCCAGCCGGUGGGGGCGGCUCUGAGCCACAGCAAGAGCUGGGUGGGCAGCUGUGGAGAGCCACAGAGGACCCUCCACCUGCCCUAGGUGUGGAGCCAAGCAGCCCCCUGCCCAGUGUCCCGGCCACUCGCCCAGGAUCAGUGUCAAAUUGUAAUACAUUUCAAAAGAAACUGGAAGUCUUUUUGCGGAGUUUAAGAAAGUUUUUUAAAUUAUUUAGAUUUAAUUUUUUUUUUAAAUGUAAAAGGAGGGAUUUUUUUUGCUAUUUGUGUGAAACCAUCAAAUUAAGCCUAGGAAUGCUUUGGGCUCCCAUUAUGUUGGUGAGAAUAUUUUCCAGUGGGUACAUUGUCACAGAUAUUAAUCCUGCUCGUUGGUUCAACAUGUUUAUUUAGCACGAGUUACUUGCCAAUUCAAUGUUUAUAUAAUAAAGGCUUGUUGAAAAUAACUU